AUGAAGAUCAUUUUAAUUUUACUAUCCAUUAUAGCGAGAAGUACUCAACUUACGCUGAGUGACUGUGGCACAGAAGCAAGGCGGCCACAGGUGAGCGACAUCGCGGUGCAGUGUGGCACUGCAUCCAUUGGUCUGGCCAUUCAGAUCUGCCCGGUCAUCUACACUGGCUACAAUGAUACUCUUCUGAUCCUGAACCAUAUGUUGGACCUGCCCUGUAGAGCAACCCUUGAUGAGUCUGUGAGUCCGCCUGUUGCUCGCUUUAACUUCCCUCUCAAUAUGACCCAUGCCUGUGGAAGCACAUUCAGGACCAGCAGUGCUGCUGGGACGGGUAUAUUCUCAGACUUUUCCAACGUUCAGACAGUGAACAUCAGUGGUGUUAUUCGCUCUGUCGAUCCUACAACAGGUGCGAUCACUUACAAUGCUGAGCUGAAGUACUACUACUCCUGUGCCUAUCCCCUUGAAUACCUGAUCAACAACACCCAGAUUGAUGUGUCAGCCUCCUCCAUUGCAAUCAAGGACAACAAUGGGAGUUUCAUCAGCACCUUAAGCAUGGAGCUCUUCAAGGAUGCCAACUAUACCAGACCAAUGGCCAUUCCACAGCUGGGGAUUGAGCUGAGGACCAACGUGUAUGUCGAAGUCAAGGCCACCAACUUGACCGGGCAGUACAACGUCCUCCUUGACCGGUGCUAUGCCUCUGUCUCCGCACUGCCUACCAACUCCAGCUACUUCAACCUCUUUGUCCCCUGCUCAAAAGAUCGUUUCACCACCAUGGUCGAGAACGGCGACAGCCAGAGUGCCAGAUUCCGCUUCCCGGCCUUCCGUUUCAUCGAGCAGCAGAACGAGACCGUGUCCACCUACUACCUCCACUGCAUCACCCGGCUGUGUGAAAUCAGCACCUGCAGCACCUUCAAGCAGUGCAGCAAAAGACGGAAGAGGAGCUCCCUGGACACAUCUGUCGAUGGCAUAAGCAAGACGUACACCAUCACCUCUACGGAGAUCAUCACCAAAGCUGACACCAAUGAAUCUAAAGAAAAGCCCCUUGUUGCUGAGGAAGAAGAGGACUCUGCCGUUGGGCUUGGAGUUGCUGUUGGCAUCCUUGCCUUUGCUUGCAUUAUUGCCCUUAGUGUUUCAGCUGUGUUUUACAAAAGGCUCAGGACCUAA